GACCCGAGGCUGGAAAGUGGUGUAUUUUGUCAAUGUGGAUGGAAAAACUGUCCGAGCAUCCAGUUUGUCAUCAGGAAACAUUUCCCUUGCUGGAUACCAGGGACCACAUGGUGUUCUCUACAAUGUCCUUAAGAAAUCAGAGCUUGUCUACGACUUCAGAGACAGAUUUACUAUUACCAUGAAAACGAAGGUCACACCAGAAUCUUUUAAAUCCCUAAAGAAUAUUAUAAUUGCUGCAUGGAAUAAUACCAAUACUGAAUAUGAAAGGUGUGGGUGUUUAUCGAUGGACAAAAUCAAUGCCAACCAGUUUGAAGAAGUUGUAGACCAACAUGG